UGUUUUGCAGUAUUGUUGCGCAGCACUGACUCUCCUCAACACGGAAACAAAAGUCAGUCAUGUGAUUUGUGCCUGUGUGUUAUGUCUGGUAUGUAGCCGCUGGUGGUAAAGUCAAUGAAGAAAGGAUUGAAGUACGCGGGAAACAUCUGGGAAACACGACAAACCGCUGCUCACCAUGGCCGAUGAUUUGAAGAGAUACCUGUACAAACAGUUACAAAGUGUUGAGGGUCUUCAUGCUGUUGUAGUGACAGACAGGGAUGGUGUCCCAGUUAUCAAAGUUGCCAAUGACAACGCUCCAGUCCACGCCCUGAGACCCGGCUUCCUGUCCACCUUUGCUCUGGCCACAGAUCAGGGCAGUAAGCUGGGCCUCUCCAAGAACAAGAGCAUCAUCUGCUACUACAACACCUACCAGAUUGUGCAGUUCAACCGGUUACCACUGGUCAUCAGUUUCAUUGCCAGUAGCAACGCCAACACAGGUAUCAUCAUGAGUCUGGAGAAGGAGUUGGCUCCACUAAUAGAGGAACUGAGGCAGGUGGUGGAAGUGACAUAAGCUCUGACAGACCGGAUCACCUGUCUGGAUCACAUCCUGCUCACUGAAUCUCUCCACCUUUAAUGUUGCAUUCAUGUCCUGGGGGAAACCUGUCUGGAGGUGUUUACAGUUCAAAGUAAUGAUGUGGGAGUGUUAACAUCUUCAGACCUAUUUAUAUCGUGAUUGAACUUUCCUGUACACUCUUUGUCUGUUUGCUUUUUGCCAUUUCCUCUAAGAUUUAGGUGCUCGUCUGUCAAAUCAAAUGUCAAAGUCUGAUUAAAUGUUUCACAUAUAGCACCUAAA